AUUGGGCGGCUUUAGCUCCUCGUCACAUAUAUGACGAAAAUUGUCAAACCUCCAACUGGAACUACUUGCUAUGAAUAGCAGGAGAUGAGCCAAGUUUUGAACGAGUUUUUUUUCGAGUCGUAGUAAGUAGUAACGGGCAAGCGUAUUAUUAUAUAUUGAAUCAGAGAGGAGUGAAGGGUGGUCGUGAAUGGUGACCAUGGAAUUCUUCCUGGAAUCUUUUCCAUUCACUCAAAGGAAGAGCUAGGGGGUAAAAGGAGAAUAUGAUCAAACAAUCCAGCCUAUCUAUGAAUCAUAUGCAUGUAUACAUAACGUAAGAUGUUAUCCUUUUCUGAUAUAGCUUUAUUUUGAUGGUUUAUGGUAUGAUCUACCAAAUUUGAGAUGCUUGAAUCACUGGCAAGUUUUUAGGAGAUUGGUAUAGGAUCAAUAAUUGAGCUUCUCCCGCAACAAGUCAAAUUAUUGAGACAAAAUGGUUUACGACAUAGUAGCAGAGUUGGUUUUGGCCAAGUGGUCGCGUAAAUUUGAACCUUCGUGACUCCCAAUAUUAACCAUUGAUUUAAGCACAAAGUUAAGUAUGAUGGAGUCGUGUCAAUCUUCAAUCCUGUGAGGUGGCUAGUGGUUGAGGACGUUUUUUUUCUUCUUCAAGAUGGUAACGCGAGAUUCGACUUCCCAUCCCUAACCCCCUUCCUCCUUUCACUCUCUAUCUCGCCAAACCAUACGAUAUAGUUUCUCGAUGAACAUGAUGUUUCUCGAUGAACAAGAUUAAAGUUUUUGUGACACCUUACUUACUCCUCCUAGCAAUGUAACAAUAAUCAUAGCUUCUAACUUCUGAAAAGAAUCACGACCUCAUUGUAUAUUGAUCAGUAAAUCAUAUCUCGAGAUAUUCUCUGAUCAUACCAAUCAAUCUUAUGAUCUUGCACAUGGCAAUGCCCAUGGCCUUUUCAAUAUCUCUAUAUGGUGACAUAUGAAAACCCUAAAUCUACAAUAAUUCAGCACCAAACCCUUCUGUAUCCACCUCAUUAUGUCUCGCCAUUUUUAUAAAGCUACAUCUCCAUAGAUUGCUGAUAGGUCUCCUUUCAUGUGGACCUGACUAUAUAGAUGUACACAUCUAUCCAUGUAUAAUUUUCCCCUUUCAAUUUUCAUCUUCAAGAUCGAUUAUUAGAUUGUAAAAGCAUUAUAGCAGAAUGGGAAGAAAAGCAAACAGAUUUACUCAAAUCCAGCUUAAAAUACUUCAAAGAGAACGACUUUUCUUUCUUCUCUCUACCAACCGGCGGGUAACCAACUGGGGUAUAGUGUAUAGGUGUGUUCUUAUCUAACAACUAACAAGUAAGUUUCUAUCUUGAUGAAUGUGGUGUUAUAUUCGUACCAAUGUUAAUGAGUGAUACAAGAUUCGGGUUUUAACCUCUCAACAAUAACUCGGGGUUGGUAGUAAUUGGUCUUUAACAUGCUAGAUGAUUUUUAGCCGAAAGGCAGAGAUUUUCGAAUCUUGAUAAUCUCUGAUGGUAAUGUUUAUUAGAUAUUACUAAGGCAUGAUGGGCUUACACUAUUUUAGCUUAAGGUCGAUGGAGGAGGAUUUCAUUAUUGUUUGAUCGUCCAGAUCAUUCGCCACCUGCUCUUUUUUCCGAUUAAACAAAAUAGAGUAGUUUUCGAGUAAAAAUCUGAGCUCACUAGGUGCUUUCGGGCAACUACCCAAUCAGACGCGAGCCCCCUACUCGGACGGAUUCCUCCUUUUGCUCCUCAACCUACGGAGUAUUAGUAGUCGUUUCCAACUGUUGUUUCCCUGGCCAAUGGCAGGUUCUUACGCAAUCUUUCUCUUUCUGGUCGUAGUCUCAGGUGGCAAAGCGGCUGACUUAGGGUUGAAUUUCUUAAUUCCUUCUACAAGCAUGGCAACUUCACCAAGAUUGGUGUGCUUUAAUAUGAGGGGGCGAUAUAGAUAUGGAUCUUAUAGCUUCUUUCAACAGCUCGUGUUAUUGAAAAAGAGCUGGUUUCUCAAGAAUGAUCGCCAAUUUAGCUCAUGAAAUAUAACAAAUAUAGUUUUUUCUUGGAAAAGAGUAGAAUCAUUACACUAACCAAUGCCAUUAGAUAAGUAUGUAUUUUUGUCCAUCAAAUGAAUAUCAAACUCUAGAAGUUGUGUCAAAGGAGCCAAGAUGAUCAAUCAGCUACAAAAUUAUCACAGUGACAGAUAAAACACACAUAAAUUUUAUUAGAGAACGUCUCGACAUAGAUGAAACUCGUGCAAACCAAUGACAAGUCUAAGGGUUGAAAAUUAUAUUUGUACAAGAAGAAGAAAAGAUAGGAGCCUAUUAUUGCUAAAAGAUUUUUUUUUUUUAAAGAUAGUGGCCUACUCUUUCUUAGUGGGGGAGUAGUACCACUUCAACUUUUAUCACUCAAAAGAGAUGGAGUUUGUAUAAAAAGACUAUUUGGCAGAUUUCUAUUGUCAUCAAAUGGCUGGUAUUUGGUCCAAAAAGUAAGUAAACUUAAAAGUCCUAAAAGGAUAAAAAAAAAAAAGAGGCACCUUAACCUCAUUGCUUCAAUUAGGCAAAGUGCCCUUUAAACACCUUUUGGCGAUUGAUAAGCUUUUUUGCUUUGGAGCCCUUGGAUUGAGGGUAUGACUUAUUGUGAAUAUAGAAGGUAUGUACUUAUUGUAGGGUAGCAUGGCCUUGUAUAAUUUGGACCCUACGUACAUCUUCUUUUUCCCAAACAACACAAUAAUUGGUUAGAUCAGCAUAGUCAUUGACUUAUUGUAAUACCCCAUAUGUCUAAUUUACAUAAAAUUCAAUUUCUAUCGAUAAAUUGGCCAUUGAGUAUUCUCGGUUACGAAAUGUGGAUAUAAAUUUAUCGAUAGGGGAAAUUUUCAGCUUUGCAAGUUCAGCAUUUAUCUCCUUCAACCUUCUACACUUUAACCGUUGAACUGGUGAUGGGCUACUAACUACGUUCCAAAGUGGAUCUGUUCUUUUUGCGGAGUGAAUUCAUAUUUCGAAUCUCAUUUGCUCGUACUCCAACUAAACCUAAGUUUUGGGGGAAAAAAUGGUUCAUGAAUGAGAAUGAGGGAUACAUGUAGCCAUUUUUAUAUUAAAAAAAACAAUAGUUGAAUGGGCACCAUAUACGCAUAGGAUUAUUCAUUUUCUCUCACCCUCUUGUUAUAUUAUGUUGGAAAUUUUUUCAUAAUAUUUUAUUCUUGAAGGAUAAUAUUGACCAAAAAAAGAAUGCCACUAAUGACUUUAGUUUUGUCUCUAACAAGGUUUAAAUUUAUGAGUGAUGAUUAAUUUAGACAACAUGCUUAAGAGAUACAGGAACCUUAGACCACCCACAGUGUGGGUUGAUUUUGUGGGAAAAAGGGGAAAUGUGACCACAAUGUGGGGGGGAAUAGGGGAUUAAAUGGGUUUUGUGGGUUUAGUGGGUGGGAAAACCCACCAGAUGAGACAAAUGGUGGGGGGAAGUGGUGGAUGCGAAAGGACAACCAUUUUUCUGAUUUUAGCAAAGGCUUAUUUGGAAAGUUGUGUUUUUGUCUCCUCGUAUUAUUGUGAUUUUGUCAUUGAUGAUGUCAUACUUAAUUAGUGAUGAAAAAAAUAUGUCUAAAUUAAAAAAAAUUAUGUCGAAAUGUUCGUAUUAAUUAAUUAUCACUAGUACGUAUUAAUUAAUUAUCACUAGUACGUAAUAAUAAUGAUCAUUAUAU